AUGGUAUUGAUAGAGAAGCGAAAAAAAGGUCGUUGGACAGCUGAGGAGGACAAAUUAUUAAUGCAAACUAUAGAAGAAGAACCUGAUCCGGAGAAUCCAAAUUGGGCUAACAUUGAAAGGAAAUUUGCUGGAAAAAGAAGUACGAAGCAAAUUAGAGAGAGAUGGUCCAGCCAUCUUGCUCCAUCAAUCGAAAAACGACAGUUUAACGAUGACGAACGAAAAAUCAUUGAUGAAGAGUUCAAAAAAAAUAAAUUUAAAUGGGCCAAAAUUGCAUCGAAAUUAGAGAAUGCUACACCUCUAAUGGUAAAAAAUUUUUGGAAUAAUAGGCUUAAGAAAAGACCUAUUAUUGUUAGACAUUCCGCAGAUUCCUCUUUUGCGGAACCGUCUACUCCAGUUCAAGGGUUUUCAAGUGGACCAGGUUUGGUUACUCUUGCCCGUGUGGCCAGCAUGGCAUGUAGUACUACAAGCUCUGGGGCAAAUCCAAAGAAACGUUCCAAGCGCAUGUCUUUUUCCUUCCUUCUUAAUAAGUAA